UGUAGUUCCCUCGGACUUGUCGGCGAUCUGUGGACAGCAGAGCCAAAGGUGCAGCCGCCGCACAGCAGAGGGAUGGAGGGAGAGCCGAGCGGCUGUGAGCUCGUCUAACCCAGGGAGGACAGCAUCAGACGAAGAGCGAACAAACCAUGGCUCGCUUGUGAAAAGUGAGCAUCUCCACAAGCAGGAACGCCUCGGAGACACCAGCCUCAUGAAGCCAGUGUUGUAUUGAGCCUCUCCUCGGUGGGUUGGCAUGGCUCAGUGAUGAACGGAGCGGUGGUGCCCGGUAGCCCGGAGCUCUCCUCCUCGUGCCCACUGCCUGACUGGCGAGAGUUCUGUGAGCUCCAUGCUCGAGCCUCCGCUGCAGACUUUGCUGACAAGUUUCAGCGCUUCCUGUUGGAGAACCCAUGUUACGACUCGCCUGGUGCUGAUGCCAGCUUCUCACAGCACUUUGCCCACCAUUUCCUGGAGUGCUUCUCUGCAGCACUGACCCAGGCCCGGGAGAACCAGGCGUCAUCACCUGGGGAGAACGGCUCCAACAUGGUGCCCAAGUACAGCAUCGUUCCUUUCCUAGGAAUCCAGGGCUGCCCGCUGUCUUACAGUCAGGACCUCUACCAGAGGCGCAAGGAUGCCGGGGCUUCAAGUGAAUCCCUGGACAGUAUGGACAGUGGUGGAGGAGGGAUAGACGGAGGAGGCGGUGGCACCGCCACUGCCUCCCGAUGCCCUCAGCCAACCCACAAGGUGUCUGCUCUGGGACAGUCCCGCAGCUCAGAGGACGUUUCAGUCAGUCACCCAAAGGCUCGCUUCAAAAAGGGCUUCUCCCUGAGGAACAUGAGUUUGUGUGUGGUGGACGGGGUAAAGGAGAUGUGGCACCGACGGGCUUCCCCUGAACCUGAUGCACCCUCUGGUGCAAGGAAGGCUAACGGGGGAGGAGGAGGGGAGGUUGCAGGGGCAGAGAAGUGGUCCCAAAAGCUGCGGCUUCCCAGGGGUUCCCAGGGCCACAAGGCUGAGCUGCUGGAAAUCCAAAGGGAGGGAGCACUGCGGUACAUGGUGGCUGAUGACACAAACUGCAUGGGCGCUGCACAGUGGCAGAAGUGUCGCCUGCUGCUGAGGAAGACAAAGAGGGAGGAAGGAGGGGAGAGGUUCCUGCUGGAGUUCUACGUACCACCCAAGUCCUCAAAGCCCAAAGUAGGCAUCCCUCUGUCAGCCAUUGUGGAGGUGAGGACAACCAUGCCACUGGAGAUGCCUGACAAGGACAACACAUUUGUUCUUAAGGUGGAAAACGGGGGAGAGUACAUCCUGGAAACCAUCGACUCGCUGCAGAAAAACUCGUGGGUUGCUGACAUCCAGGACUGCAUAGACCCCGGUGACAGCGGUGAUGACAUUGAGCUGGCGUCGUGUCCUCAUGGUCAGGCCUCCAAAGACUGCUCCAUGGUGGCCUCUUGCAGCUGUGAGCUGCUGUCUGAGGGAGUAUAUCGUGCUCCAGAGAGGUCGUGUCCUACAGCAGCAGAGCAUUACAGUGCCCCCUCAGUCCGUUGCAGGGAACCCCCCUUCACACAGCACCCAUCCCACAUGCCUUUGGAGCGCUUUCUCCAGUCCCCAGAUCCCCAAGGCUCAAACUCUUCUGCAGGUGGCCCCGAAGGAGCGAAAGACUCAGAUGGCGAUGCCAGUCUAGCGGGUUACCCAUGGUUCCAUGGUACACUGUCUCGCGUGCGUGCAGCUCAGCUGGUGCUUGCAGGAGGAGCCAGGAGCCACGGGCUGUUUGUGAUUCGUCAGAGCGAGACGCGGCCUGGCGAAUACGUCCUCACCUUCAACUUCCAGGGCAAAGCCAAGCAUUUGCGUUUGUCAGUGAAUGAGAACGGCCAGUGCCACGUCCACCACUUGUGGUUUCACACCGUGUCAGACAUGCUGAGACACUUCCACACCCACCCAAUCCCCCUUGAAUCCGGAGGCUCAGCUGACAUCACGUUACGCUCCUAUGUACAAGUGCAGCGAAGCUCCACAGCAGAUGUGACCGUGCCUCCAGUCGUUACCCCACCCAGAGAUGCAGGCUGCAGGACAGAUGCAGCCCAGCCAGCUCUUCACCCUCCUGGGAUCACAGUGCCUGCAGGACCCCCUCCUGAUGCUCCGCUCUCCUCAAGCACCUCCUCCUCGCCCACUGCUCUCCCCUCCCUCUCCCGCAGCGACCCAGGUAUUGGAGGAGGAGGAGGGUUACAGAGCCGGAGUAACAGUUCUGAACGCCUGCUGGAGGCCUCUAGUGGUGCAUCUGAGGACUACCACGAUGCUGAUGGGACUCGCAGGGCUCGGGCUGUGGAGAACCAGUACUCUUUCUACUAAAUGACCCAGGGCAGCGUUCAGUGAUGUAUUUUCUGGAUUAAUUGGAUGAGAUGUUGAAAGUUGGAGGUGACAUGGGACACUCUGUUGAUGGUGAAAACGGUCCAAAUUACUGAAUUAUGUUUUGGGGUUUUUUUUCAAGGCAAUUUCCUGUUUCUCUUAUUUGAGAAGGGAGAUCAUGUGGAUCAAGUACAAAAGGAGAGGCUGAAGCUGGAGAUUAGACCUAGAUGUAGAAAGCGCGAUUUGUGGGUUUUUUCUCUAUAAUAAUAAUAAUAAUAGCACGGUCUAGAGUCUGGACCUUACUUUGUAAAGUGUCGUAAGCUAACUUUUGCUGUGAUUUGGCGCUAUACAAAUAAAACUGAAUUGAAUUGAAGAGGAGUGUGGGUGUAGAAAGAGAAAGUCAUCCAGUGGAGUCAUAUGGCUUUGAUUUGCCUCUUCCUGUUCACCCAUACUCGCAGUUCCCUGGGAGCAGAGCCUGUGUCACCAUCCCGCUGAAGGACAGAGAGUUUAAAAUGACCCUGAAGAAACAGUCUCUCCCUCGGAGCUGCCCCAAGCUCCUGAGAGCAUCCUGUUAAUGUUUGUAAAGCUGCUUUUGAAUCUGUCCGGAUAUGCUCAUUGUCCCUGAGGAGGUUCCAUACAGAGUCCUGCACUGGGUCUGUGCUCUACACUAACAUCAGUACAGCAAUCAUGGCAGUGUUAUUCAUCCAUCCAUCCAUUUUCCUCCGCUUAUCCGGAACCGGGUCGCGGGGGCAGCAGUCUAAGCAAAGAUG